CCAAAAACAUCAACAGAAGAAGCGCGUGCUUUAUGUUUUUACUUUCUUUAGUCUUCUGGAUGCGGUUGGCAGUUCCACGUUACUUGGAUCUGCGGUCGAAAAUAAGCGUGCCUGCAGAAGCUCGUCUCUUCAGGGUUUGAUUUGAUGGGAAUAACUGUGAAAAAGACGAAUCCACUUGGACACGGGUGAAGCCUGGAAGAAGCACAAAGGAGCUCAGGUGGCAGAGCUGACAAAGAGGCGCCUGGAUUGCAAGGGGUGAAGGCUGUGAGGCGAACAGACAUCACUUUCACUGACAUUUCCCAGAGUAUGUUUGUGUGUAUACGACAUUUUCACUCAGGGAAGCCAGACCAUGAAUCUCAGGGGAGCGAUACUGACUGGGCACCUUCUUUGCAUCUCGAGCACACACAAGUCAAAGCGACAACCCCUGAAGUAGCCGGUGUGGACUCGAUCAGCGCUGCUGUCAUUUUAAACGACCACGACUACUGCCUCAGUCCUUCCGACGGGGAAAGGUCGCUUGACUGUCAGAGUCCUGAUUCUGUGCCUUCUGAGUUUGUGUACACUAAAGAAAACGAGGGACCUGAGGAAAAGAUGAAAAGGGGAGAUGUGUCCCUCUACGCCAGCCAGCAGCUCAUCAUGCUCGGACCUGGAAAGACACAAGUCCCAGUGGAAGCCAUCGUGAUCCACAAGAAGCUAUAGGUGGAUUGCCUUACCAUGGAUGGCUGUGCUGCACUUGGAUGCACCAAUCGGUCCGAGAAAGGGAUCAGAAUGUUUGGCUUUCCUAAAGAAGCCGACAGAAGAAUAGAAUGGCUGACUCGAGUCGGCAGGAGCAACCUCUCCAUCAAAGGAAAACUGUGUGCUGAACAUUUUGAGAGAGGGCAGUUUAAAAAGUCAAUAAGAGGCCAUGUGGGACUGAGGGCAGAUGCUGUUCCAACCCUUUUUCUUCAUUGCCGAGAGCCAAGGAGGACAGAUCCUGCAGUGAGAAGUCCCACAGAAAUUCCACUGCAGGGUGAUCCACUGACCACUGACCACACCUACUGUACUACAGUGAACUUUGGCGACGAGCUUCUUCAGGACAUGAGUAUCCCUCUCCCAAACAUCAGCUCCCAGCAAAGAAGUCCACAACACAUUAACCUGGAACCAGCUGAAGAAAACAUCCCAGUUCCAAAGAAGGCAAACGAUGAGCCCCACCAAAGCCCGCGCCAACUUCAGGCUGAACAUGGCUACCUGCAGCAGGAGCUGGAAAAUCAGGAUGAAAAUCAAAUGCUAAAAGAGGAACUGGAAAAAUCAAGGUUUUCAUAUGCAACUGUCAAGUGCAACGCCAGACUACUGCUUUUCUUCACCGGACUUACAUCUGUUAUUUAUCAAUGGCUGCUUACAAAAAUUUACAACAGUGUAGAGAGAAUCAGCCAAAAACUCGGUCAAGAAGACCACCUGUUGGUUGUCCUGAUGAAGUUGAGAUUAGGCCUAAGUAACACUGAUUUGGCAUAUAGAUUCAAUGAAUCAACCGCCACCAUAUCUGAUAUUUGUAGGAGCUGGAUACCUACCAUGGCCAUAAUCCUCAGGCCGCUCAUUAAAUGGCCAAGUAGGGAGGCCAUACGUAGAAAUAUGCCCGACAUCUUCGAUCCUAACUUCACCAAAUGUCGGUGCAUCAUGGAUUUUGCAGAAAUCUCUAUAGCCAGACCCAGUAACCUGACAGCCAGGGCCCAGACAUGGUCAACCUAUAAACACAACAACACAAUGAAAUAUCUGGUUGCUUUCACUCCCGCAGGGGCAAUUUCUUUUCUGUCUCCAGGGUGGGGUGGACAGGUAUCAGAGAGACAGAUUACUUACGAUUCUGGUUUCUUAGGACGUUUGGAGCCAAGGGAUCAGAUAAUAGCUGAGAGGGGAUUUCAAAUCAGAAGUGAGCUUGCAGCUCAAGGUGCAACUUUUCGUAUCCCUCACUUUGCAAGGAGAAAGAAGCAGCUCUCUGCACACGAAUUAGAAACAUCUCGACAGCUUUCGCGUGUUACGAUCCACGUUGAACGAGUGCUUGGUCGGUGGAAGGACUUUAAGAUUUUACAAAGUGUGAUUCCGCUGUCACAAGUUGACAUGUUGGACGAUGUUGUUGUUCUCUGUAGUGCCCUGACGAACCUCUGUAAAAGUGUUGUUCCAAAACGUAAACAGUGAGAAAAUGUGUCGAAACUGAUGUGGUGGAAGUUGACUAUCUUUACAUUUCACUUCUGCAUUCACGUCUAAGUGUUCAAAGUCAGUGAAGUGAUAGUCCAGUGUCAGUUAAACCCUUGAUGAAAUGCAACACAUUUUAUUGUUUUUUUUCUUCACAUUUAUAUUGAAAUGUACUCACAGCUUUUAUAAGUCCUGUUUUCUUAACAUUUUCCCAAAUGUAUAGAAUAAGUAGGUUUCAGUAGUAAAAAAAAAUCAACACAAAAUGUGAGCUAUCUGUUAUGCUUUUUGUUCAUUUAAUGCAGUGUCAAUGCUGGUAAGGCUUUCCAGUUGUUAUUCCCAUGGUAGCCUCUCUUUGCACAUUAUAAAAGACAGAAUUUUGCAAACUGAGGCUACUGUAGGAAGAACAGCAUGAAAACAAGCUACAAUCUCAGUAGUUGUUUUUUUUUUUUUUUUUUGUUUAUUUAUUUAUUUUUUGUAAUUGACCUGCUUCUUAUCAUUUGAAACUGCAUCGUACAUCCAAAUUCUCCAAUCAUGGCAAACUUCACUGAAUUAAUUCUGUAUGUAAAACUUGUUACACUUUAAUACAAGACAGUACAAAUAGGAAAGUGUUAAAAACCUUUCUUUGAACAUUUUCUUUACUCCUAUAAACCUGAUGUACUUUAAUUUUGUUAUAAAAUUGUUAUAUACUUGAGUUGACCAUCUGUCUGUUUCUUUGCUGUAUUCACAUUGAAAUGUUCAAAGUGAAUGAAGUGAUAGUCCAGCUUUAGUUCAACCCCUUGAUGUAAUGCAACACAUUGAAUGUUUAAUUUAUUUAUUCAUUUUUACUCACUGCUUGUAUAAGUCCUGUUUUCUGAACUCUUCCCCAAAAGGAUAUGAAAAAUGAGCAGCAUUCAGUUGUAAAAAAACAAAAACAACACAAUGUUAUUCAUUCAAUGCAGUGUCAAUGCUGGUAGGGCUUUCCAGUAGUUAUUCCAGCAGUAGCCUCUGUUUGCACAUUAUAAGACCGGUAUCUUAAUAGUGCAAACUGAGGCUACUGUAGGAAUAACAUCUGGUAGUUGACUAUUUUUGUCACAAGUUAAAUACUUUUUUUUCAAUCAACUGAGAACUGUUAAGUAUGUAAAACAGGGGCACUUAUAACUUUAUUUUUUUAACUGGGGGUUACAAGUAUGUCAGCAAAUGAUUUCAACACAAUAAAGUUAUUUUAAUUUAAUUUGUGGUACUACUAGUACUCAAGUAGUUACUUUUUGUAAUAGCCUAUGGGCAAAUAGUUUGCACUAAAAAAGGCAUUGUAGAAUAAUUUGGAAUCCUAGAUAAACUGAAAAGACUGGAAAGCACAGACUUUAGCCAUGUGACCCAGUCAGCAAAUCCUAUGGGAACUCCCAAAUGGUCGCGCCAUUUCCAGAGAAACAAUACGGAAUCAGUCCAAAACAGUCCUGCUGGAUCCAGACCGUGCUUAACAUCAACGAUAUAUAAUCAUUCACCAUCCAAAACAACAUGAAUAUCAGAUUAGGUUAGAUCAGAUAACAGGUCGUCUUUCUACGUAAUUCAUAUUCUCCAAUCAGAGCACACCAUUGAGCAAGCAGCAGAAGUUAAUUAAUGGGCAGGGGCGCUGGGUGCCAUGAUUAGGCAGACCAGGCAAUUGCUUGGGGCCCUGGUGGC